CCGGCGGCGCCAUCUUCAUACAGAUGGCGGCCUGCGGCUGGUCCCGGUGCCGGGCGCUGCUGUCCCUGCGGGCGGCGGGCGGCAGCCUCUGGGGGCGGCGGGGGGCGGCACCCGAGCCGAGGGCAGUACACGUCCCCUCCCCCAGCCUCUGCUCCGAGAGCAGCGUGUCCUACCAGGAGCUCAAGGACCUGAAGAAAGCCAACGUCCUCCACAUCGAUGUGCGAGAGAGGUGGGAGAUUGAGAGAGAUGGCAAAAUCCCUGCGUCCAUCAAUAUACCACUGAAUGAGUUAGUGGAAGCUCUGCAGAUGCAUCCAGCAGACUUUAAGGAGCUGUACAACCAGAAGAUGCCUGCCAAGUCAGACCAUGUGGUUUUCUCCUGCUUUGCAGGAACAAGAAGUAGACAAGCACUGAGUUUUGCUGCGUCUCUGGGUUUCAGCAGAGUUCAGCACUAUGCUGGUGGCUUUGAGGACUGGGCAAAACAUGAAUCUCCAGAGAAAAAAUGAAGAUGACAUCAUCCAGCUCCUGCCCCACCUUCAGGAUGCUUUGUAGAUUUUAGCAUUCAAACUACCCACGUUCCACUUUUAGAAUACAAACCUUUCCCAUUUCCUCAUGUAAAUGAGCAUUUCAUUAGCCAUGCAUAUUAACUGCUUUGUUUAAAUUAAGGACUAUGAAAUGAACAGAAGAUGUUAAAUUCGUUCAGCCUUUAAUUUGCACUAUGUUAUUUGCUGGAAGAAAGUGACAAGAAUUCUAAUGUUUUUGGCUACUAGGAUUUUCGUAUGAUUUGCUUUAUGACUUUAAAUAAAUGGUGACAGUAUGCAUAAAA